CCUUGGAUACAGCCGGAUUACAUAAUGUUUGUAUAAAUACUGCUCAGGGGGAUGUUCAGACUCACAGCAUCAUCAGGCCUGCAGGUGCCUCAGGGUCUCUAGAGCAGUUUGUGUCUUUAUCUUUCCCUCCCAUGCAGGUCCGAAAUUGACUGGGGAAAAAUACCAUCGCUCAGCAUGGAAAGUGCAGUGUUCUCCUGCUGGCUCCUUUUCCUGAUGUUCAGCCCAGCUGUUCCCAUGUGUUUACCCACUGACUUCACCCUGUAUGUGGAGAGGCCAGAGUGCGACUUCUGUGUGGCUAUCAACACGACCAUCUGCAUGGGCUUCUGCUACUCAAGGGACAGCAACAUGAGGGAUAUACUCGGCCCACGCUUCCUUAUCCAGAGAGGCUGUAGCUAUGACAAGGUGGAAUACCGCACAGCCAUACUGCCCGGCUGUCCGGUCGACGCCAAUCCCAUCUUCACCUACCCCGUGGCUCUCAGCUGCCACUGCGGUGCCUGCAAGACUGACAGCAAUGAGUGCGCACACAGGGCCAGUGUGGACGGAGCUAGGUGUACCAAACCAGUAAGCCGUAUCUACCCAUAUCCUGGCCAAAACAACUACAUGAUCCCUUUCUGAUUCUUCUCUUGUUACCAGCUUGUCCCUUUAUUCUUUGUUAAAAUUACCAAACCAAGACUGCACAACCCAUGAAUAUUUUUAGAAGAGACAAACGUCAUCCUCUAGCUUGUGAUGAAUAUAGUGAUAUCUGUCUGUUCUGGUACUUAUUGUUCCAGCAUGAUUUACUGUGUCUUUGUUGCCCAGCGUGUCUGCGCUCUUCUCAGUUUACAAUGGGGGGUGGGGGUUGAUCCUGGACCGUAUUUUUGCCUGCAUCAUUAUUUAUCCUCCUGUGCUGUACACUCGUGUGUGUGACUCCCAGACUUAUUGUGUUUACUGUGAAAAGGGAUACUCUGAAUUCAACCCAAUUAAAGCUAAAGUCUUUAAAUAG